GCCGCGCCCACCUCGUCCUCCCCCACGUCCCCUGCACGAACGAACCCACGUCCCCACCAGCCCAGAGCGCGCGCGCGCCGGCGCGGUCAAACUGCAACCGGCGGCCCGACCUGGCGGGCCGUGGCAAUGGCAACCGCCCGACCCUGCCACAGCCUCUCUAUAAAGCUCCCCCCGCGCGCGCCUCCGCCGUUGCGCACCCUGCAGUUCCACAUUUCCGCUCCCACUCCAUGUCCGCGCGCGCGCUCACCGAGCCAUCGAUCACGGCGACCGGCGCCACCGUCUCCGCUCCUCGACCGCGCCGCGCGCCGCCUGCCGCCGCCGCAGGAUCCAUGGCCGCGACGACGACCGCCGGCAGCAGCUCCCGCGCGGUCCUCCCCGCGCUGGCCCUCGCCGCCCUCGUCCUGCUUCUCGCCCCCGCCGCCGUCGCCGCCGGCGAGGAGACCUCGGCGCCGCCGGGGCCUCUGGAGUUCCACGUCGGCGGGCCGCGCGGGUGGCGCGUCCCGGACGGCAACACCAGCUACGGCUGGUGGGCCACGAACAACCGCUUCCGCGUCGGCGACCGCCUCCUGUUCAGGUACGCCAACGACUCGGUGCUGCUGGUGGAGCGGCCGGCCUUCGACGCCUGCAACACCACGGCGCCGCUCGCCGCGUUCAGCGACGGCGCCACCGCGUUCCCCCUCGACCGCCCGGGCUUCUUCUGCUUCAUCAGCGGCGAGCCGGGCCACUGCGAGCAGGGCCAGAAGCUCGUCGUGCGCGUCAUGGUGCACCUGGCCGCGCCCGGCCCGGCCUCCGCUCCUGGGGCACCGGCGCAGCCGGGCGGCGGCGGCGGCCGCCGCCCCAGGCCGCCGGGAUUGCCCGGCGCAACCUCCGGCGCAGCCGCAGGCGUCGCCGCUGCCACCGGCGUCGCCGUCGCGGCGGCGCUGGUUGUCCUUGUCAGUCUCGUCCUGAUGAUCGAGUGAUCAGCAGUUUGCAGCGUAUGCAUGCGGACUCGCCUGCGUAGUUUGUUAGGUUUAAUCUGCCUGUUAUUUUAUUUCUGCUUAGAAUCCAUGACUCGUCUAUUGUUGGUGCUGCAUCGUGUCAAGACAAUUUGCUUGUUUUACUGAGUAAUCGUGUGUUAUUUAAUUCCUA